AUGGCUGUAAACAGUGGAUUGAACGAAGAGUGUAUAUAUCUCAUAGCAAAUCAGGAAUCGAGUGAUGAGGAUGAAAUGGUUAAUCGUGGCCUAUUUACAGGAGAAUUUGAUUAUGAAUCUGACAUGUUACAAAAGAUUUUCGUCAAGGGUAUGUGGCUGGUGGCUGCUCAAGCAAAUGUGGAUGUAGAGAUCUCUAGUAGCGAUGACGUAUGCGACCUUAAGAGAAGUAUCUCAGGAUUUGAGAAUACAAGGCAAAAUAAGGGUUCUGAAUGCGCCAAGAGUUAUUUACGGGAAAGGAAACAAUAA